AAAUAUAUUUUAAAAAUAAAAUACUAUAUAAUUGCUAAUAAACUAAUAUUUAUAACAAAAUGAAAGUUUAUAUCGUGAUAUACAUACUAACUGUGACAACAAUUAGCUGUAUAAUCGGGUCAUCGUCAUCAUCAUCAUCAUUAUGUCCCGAUCCCAUUGAGCUGUAUCCGUGCCAGUGUUCGGGAAAUGAGUCAACCAAUGGCAUAGAGAUUACCUGUGCGGGAGAUGGCAUCGGACGCCACGAACUGAUACAAAUUGGUCGCCACUUGCGUCCGAUGAGCGUCCAAAUACGCAAACUAAAUAUACGGUCGACUCGUGUAAACCGUAUCGACAAUCAUACGUUUGCCGACGGCUUUUACGAGGAAAUCCGAUUUAUUAACAACAGAUAUCUCGGUCACAUCGAGGCUCUGGCUUUUGGCAAGAGUACGACUGUUCGUAAUUUGCAAAUUGUUUGGUCCGAAAAACUGGACGAACGUCUGUUCGGGUUUAUCGGUCAGCUAAACAUUUUGGACACACUGGCCAUUACAGGCACUGCUAUACGGCAAAUACCGAAAAACGCAUUGCAAGCACCGUUACGUCGCUUACAACUGUCACACAAUCAACUAAACCGUUUGGUCAGUCAAACAUUUAGUCAAUUGCCAAAACUCAGGGAACUGGAUCUGUCAUACAAUCCGAUUACAAUGAUUGAUGAUCACAGUUUGAAUAUUGUCGGCAACAAUAUGAGCAAAGUAAUCAAAUUGAAUAAUUUGCGUUACAAUGGGACAACAUUUGGCCGGUAUUUCCUACCCCAGUAUACCAACCAUAAAGUCCUCAUCCAAAUGGAAAACAAUGGCGAACUGAAAACAUUGGUAGAGUCGGCGUGGAAACCGUUUCUCGAGGAACGUGACCAUAGAGUAACCUUUACGAACACUACCUACCGGUGCAAGUGUGACGACCUGUGGCUGGCCGAACGGCCAGUUAGUGGUCAGGUAUUUGGAUUGACCUGUAAAAGUGUUUGCCUAUCCAUUGGUGUCUUAUGUGUGGACAAAAGCAUAGCCGAUGUGACCGCCGCUGAGUUAAGUUGUGGCCGAAAGAGUGCUUCCUCUUCGAAGUCAAAUAAAUAAUAGUUUAUAUUAUUAUGUUUAUAGAAAUCAAUUGUAUAAUCACUAUUUUUUUUAAAUUUUUAU